AUGUGGACGGGACGACUCAGGAUCUUCUCCCGUCCGCCGAGAAGCUGGGAGGGCUGGCGAGGGGCACCGCUGGCCACGGACCUUGUCGAUAUAAAAGCCGCAGCCCCUGUCCUGGACAUCGCAACUCCGGUUACCAACAUAGUUAUCCACAUGCCUGGCGGUAGAGCAUCUCUAUCGACCCAGCGUUACUAUUUGUUUCAUCCGUCCGAGGAUAUACUCUCCACUGACACGGCAUGGCAUGGGAGUAUGGACAACACUGUCGACCCAGGAGACCCAGCGUACUUCCUACUGGAACCAUUAGGGCUAUAUCCGGUACCAAUCCACACAGACGAUGUGUCCCCCAUGUCUGCUCCUGGUCUACACAUUGUAGAGCAGGAAACAAACAACACUGAACAAAUCAUCCACGAUGAAGACCUUGAGCACAUGCUUGACCUCGAUCUCGAGAAUGCUCGUGAAGAGCCUGACGACAUCGAUCAUGACGGCACACCGCGCGACAGUGUUUCCGCCGCAAUCACCAACCAACCCCCUGACCUGCGGCAGUCGCUCAACGUACUUACCCCAGUUUCCCAGUCAUGCGAACCACCUCCACUUCUGGUGAAUCGUGGAAAGAGAGGUCUCAGAGGUGAACUGUCCUCACUGCUGCUCCAAAAAGCGGCGCCAUCCAGGACUCAGCCCGCACGGGCUGCAAAGAAGCCCGCCCGCAAUGCAAAGCGGAGCUCCGAUGACGACCGCAGCAUCUCUGUCCAGCAACUCGUGGAUCCCGCAGCCUUCGAGUGCCCAAAAUGCAAGAAGCCAGAGGCAGACUUCACGAAAAGGCCUCAAUUCGAACGGCAUGUAAAGGGCUGCAUUCUGGGUAAAUUGCACUCGUGCUGGGUAUGCGCGGAGGAGAAAAAAGUUGCCUUUGCUCGGUUCGACGCUCUGCAGCGUCAUUUCGAGGCGAAGCAUCCAUGGGCGCCGGUCCCGUCGCGGAAGGGUUGA